CGAAGACGAAGCCAAGGACGAAGCCGUAGGCAAGAAACUGCUUGAAAUUGGAAGCUGUUUCAAAACUUUGUCUACAAGUCCAAAAUGGGUGACUUCGAACUUAUCACCAAAGAAGUGGAAUGUUUACGCUCCCUUCUUGAACAGACUACAGAAGAGCGAGAUGACUACCGUAAGAAAUAUCACACGGUUAGUCAGCAGCUUCAACAACUGUUGCUUCUUCACGGUGAUUCGACAGAGAGUGAAUUAGAAUACAGGCUUGUUGCCAGAGCGCAGGAUGUUGAACAUAACUUAAGGGCUGAGCUCGGUCUGUACAAAGAACAAGUAGAAGUAUAUGGUCAAGUUAUUGGACAGCAAAAUUCUCUCGUGGCGAGCCUUCAAGCAAAGGUUGAAGAAUACAGGGCCCGCUGCAACCGAUUGGAGAAAACCCUUUCAGAGUUCUCCAAUAAAGAAGUACUUGAGCUUCCUGAAGAGCAGGAACCGGUUGACCUACCAAGCGCACUGGCAGACCUGAGGAAAGAAAAGGAAAAAUGUGCAGAAUACCACGAAAUAAACGUUCAGCUGCAAAGACAACUUGAGGUAACAACGCGCACCAAUGGCAUGCUAUCGUCCGAAGUGAACAGACUUUCGGAGGAGUGGCAAUCGACCCGGGAGGACUUGGUACAGAUAGCAUCAGUUGACGAUGCAUUCAGUGAGCACAUGUCGCACGGACGUUCACUGUUGCAUGUGUGGAAGAUGGCGGAGGACCUCCGGCGCGAACUCAGGGGUACCCGUGCUGAGAUUGAUGCUGAACUGUCUGACUUCAAAGUUUCAUUAGAUGCAAUCUGCAGGAGUAUUUUUGAGUGCUGCAGUGGGAGCUCAGACACUAGCCAACUUAAAACGGAACACUGCCUGAAGAUACUGGAAAGCAUGGCACACACGUUGAUGGCAGCUAUAGAGAAAAGGAAAGCAAUAGCCGUGGAAUGGAAAGAUUAUGAUGCAAAACUAGAAACAGUGUUGCCAAAGUUACGAGAAAUUGUAAGCAUGCCCUCUGAUACUGACGAAACAACCACACUAAUCUCUUCAGCAUUUACUGAUCUGCUCUCCUGCUAUGAAGCUGAUUUUGAAACAUUUCACAGUCAUCAAGGAGAAACAAGCGCAAAAAUGCCAUUUAGACACGUGAGCUUUGAGGAAGGCCAGUCUUCAGCAGCAUAUUUUCAGCAAAUUACAGAAUCUUUGGCAGCCAAACACAAAAAUGUAACGGCAGAGCUUAAUAGUCAAAUAAGAGCACUCAAUGAGGAAAAUGAAACUCUACAUAAUAAGCUCAAGAAGGUACAAGAAGACAAACAGAAAUGUCGCAUGCUCCUAGAGGAAACGCAAGCUCAUGAGAGGGCAGUGCACAACAAACUUAAUGAAAGCACAAAGAUUCAGCAGUCACGAGUUGCUGAGUUGAGAGACGAAGUUAAAAAACGUGAACAGACAGCAUCCCAUCUGGAAAUGAAACUGGACAGUGCACAGAAAGAAAAUGCUGAAAUUGCAUCAAAGAUGGCACGGUUAGAAGCUCAUGCAUCCAAGCUCGAGGGAGAUAAUGAGACAUUAAAGCGGGACCAACAGGCCCUUCAGACCGCACUCAAGAAUGUGAAUGCUGUUAAUGAGGACCUGAGGACUCACAACGAAACACUGGCUGUAGCUAUUAAAGAGCUGGAGAAAUACAAAUUUCAACUUUCGAGGCUCAAGUCGGAACAGGAUUUGAAAUGCUCUGCCCUGAGUGAGCAGAAUGCAUCUCUGGAACGCACCAGGAACGACCUUAUAGCUGAAGGGCAUCGCUUGCGUGGACUCUUGACUGAUUUGGAAGCAACAAAAUCUGAUCUAGAAGGCAAGGUGACACACAAAAUGAAGGAAAGCAAUGACUUCCAGUCGAAGCUUUUGCUGGUCUCAUCUCAAAAAGAAAACCUUUCCAUCGAGUUGAAACGGUUAGAAGAGCGAGCAGCGAUGCUGGAAAAAAAUGGGUCAAGGUUGGCUGAGGAGAACCAGGCCUUGAUGCAUGCCUGUGGGGAGGCCAAAGAAGCCCUGGAAGCCAGCCUGGAAGAAAGAGAGGCUCUGUCACACAAUCUGCAAUUGUGCCAAGAUGAAAGAGAGGCCCUGCAGGCUGAGAAAUUCGCAGUAUGCAAAGAAUUGGCUAAGACCUCUGAAGAAAAGAAGUCCCUCGCACUUGAACUUGAAGACGUAAAGGCCGAGAAGAACAGACUUAAUGAACGCAUAAAGACCCUUACGCACGAGUGGGAGUCAAAAACACAUAAACUAAAGGUUGUGCAAGAGUCACUGACAGGGCAGCUCAAAGAGAUGGAGGAUGAGUUCUCUGAAAAGCUAAGAGAGCAACAACAUCUCCGAAAAGCAGAAGUUGAUAGGCUCGAACAAGAAAAGAUGUCGCUCAAACAACGCCUAGAGCAGAACCAUUACGAGGCCUUGGAGCUGCAGAAAAAGAAGUAUGCUGAACUUCAAACAAAGUAUGGCAUGGAAGUUGCAUCCUACAAUGUAGAAAUACAGACUGUGCAACAAACGCUUGAAGCAAAGGUGCUCCAGUUUGAGGACAUGCAAACACAGCUGGAGUCUGCUUGGGAGCAAGAAAGGGAGUCCCUAACAAAAUGUUUGAACCAAGCAAAAGAUGAAACCACGAGAGUAAAACAGCUUUUCGAAGAGUGUCGUCAGGAGUAUGAAGCCACGAACGCCCAACUUGAGUCUGACCUGAUGGCAACACGGAGCGACAAUAAUUCUCUCAAGGUUUCACUCGAGCAACUCAGAGCUGAAAAGGUUCUGGACGCGACAGUGGCUGAAUCUCAGUGUAACGUGCUGCGAAAAGAAUUGGAUAGAGCCACCAAGGAAAGGGCAAAGCUUGAGAGGCUGUUAAAAGAAUCUGAUACCGCUUGUCAAAGUAUGCAAGAGGAUUUGGCUGACCUUCGUACAAGGAGCACAAAUUGGGAAAGCCGCGCGAGUGAAUUGUUGUGCGAGACAGAAAAACUAAGGCAGGAACUCAGCCACAGCACCGACGACUGCGAGCAGCUGAAACAGCACACGGCAGACCUCCAGUUGCAAUUGGAUGAACUAUCAAAGGAAAAGGAGAAUACAUUGGCAGAUGCUGCAGAAAAAUUUCGCAGUGAACAGCAGGCACGUGCCAAUAUGGCCGAGGAGUGUAUGGGCUUGAGGCAAGCUCUCCAAGAGGCCUUGCGUCAAAAGCAGGCUCUGGAAAAUCAGCGCGAUGUUGCGGAGAGCAGCCUGAAAGAGUGCUCCGCAGAGGUAGAAACUAUCACAGCACUCAACUCCCAGAGCGAAGCAAGAACGCAGUCUGCUCUUCAAGAAGCAUCGCAUUGGAAGCAGAAGGUGGCAGCCCUUGUAUCGGAAUGCGAGCAGAAAUGUCGAGAGCGCAGUGAUCUGACUCUGAAGCUGCAGGAAGUGCAACAUCAACUUCGACUCGCAAACGAGGCCCGUGAAGCUGAUAGACAGCGCUGGACACGAUCAAUGCACAGCUUGGAAGAAAAACGAAAAGAACUCGAAAAACGAGUGCUCGAUUCUGCUCAAGAACUGCACAGCGAGAGGUUGGAGUCGAGUGGACUGCAGGGAAGAAUUGCGGCCUUGGAAUCACGCCAUCGAACGGUAUCUGAAGCAAAGAAAACAACUGAAGAUACGCUUCAGAGCCUGUAUACUUCGCUGCGCUGUAUCCUUGGCGUCUGGAGUGGGAACGACGCUUCAUGCACUAUGUCCUCUCUAGCUUCGCCUCAAAAUGUGUCCAGAAGGGACGGUCCUAUUAGCUCCUCCCCGCUGAUGGCCGACGAUCAAAAGGAAACCGUCUCUAAGAGCCCGUCACCAGGGGACACUUUCUGGGGGCGGUCCAUCGUCAGCUCUGUAGACUCACUGGUGCAGCACGUGCACACAUUAGAGAUGGAGAGGGAUGAGGCACACACAACGGUUUCACGCUACGAGAGAGAGGUCUCUGGCCUUCGUGACGAUGUUUCUGCAUUUGAGGACAAAUUAAAGCAAGCAGAGGAAAGAAUUCAAAAUCUCGACUCAGAAAAAUCGAAUCUUUACCAAAAGUCUCUGUCACAGCGUCAGAAAAUUUCCGAGCUGACCGAGGAGGUAGAAGCUGCAAGACGAGAAACAGCUUACAUAUCGGACAAAUUAUCUGAAACAAAUCUGCUCCUCUCCCUGAAGCGGCAGGAGUUUGAAAAACUUCAAGAGACAAGUGCCUUGCAAGAGGCAAAGCAUUCGGCAUCAGUGUUGCAGCAGGACAGUGCGUCGACGCUUACGCCGGAAGCGAGGCUGACUCGUCUGGAAAUUGACAAGCAGACUUUAAAAGCUAAACUAGAGCAAGAAAGGAACCAAAUGAAAGAAAAGAACUACAAGUGUCAGGCUCUUAAAUGUAGGCUAGAUGAAGCGACCGCUGAAUGCAGUACACUUUCGAAUGAGAACAAGGAGCUUGAGAAAAAAAUUCAGCUGGUAAUUACAAGUAAAACGACACUUGAAAAACAAAUAAGGGAACAAAUAACACAGACAAUGGCUUUCAGUGAAAAACUUAUCAAAGAAACUGCAAAGAGCACAGAAUUAGAAAACGAAAAGAAUUCAUUAGAACGGAAACUUAAAGUAGCAGACGACGACAUCGCUGCACUGACCUCUGAGAACAGGCGCAACAGCGCGCAGAUACGGGAACUCAAGCGUAAAUUAUCCACCCUAGAGUCGAGCUUACUCAACGCGUCUGUCCGAAUAGCGGGGACAGGGAGGGAGAACGUCAAGCAUCACGAACCUCCAAAUGAAGUGAUUGAGGGUCUCAACCAAGUGAUUGAAUCAUUGAAGAGGGAAAACAAACGACUCGAAAAAGAGGUUUGCACCCUUCAGCAGCAACUUUCAGACACAAUCAAUGGGUUCAUUACUCCAUCAAGCUCAAGGGAACAUUUGGUUGACCUCCCUACCCCUCAGAGGUCUACGGAAAAGGAGGACAGAGAGAGUGCAAGAAGCAAAUUCUCUUGUGAGUUGUCUGUGCUACGUGAGCAAAAUCAACGGCUGGAGACAAAGGUCAGAGAUCUUCAGGACGAACUGUCUCACGUUUCUUACGAACGUUCGCACAUGCUGAGCAAGGAGCAUCGGAAGCUAAGUGAUGAGAUUAGGACCCUCAGAGCAGCACUUGACCAGAAAACCGAGCUGUCGGUAGCACAUGAGUGCAACCACCAUCUUGAAGUGAACGCACUGGAAGGGCAGGUAAGCAGUCUUAAGUCCCAGCUUGCCCAUGAGCGGAGCUUCAACGAGCAAGCCGUAGCUGCACUACGCAGGUCGGACACCCCAUGGUCAGAUCUGGGCAGCUUGCGAGAUUUGCUGGAUCGAUCACUUCAUACUGUGUCUGAGACGCCCGAGCGUCUCGCGUCUGAGGCACAACGGCUAGGUUCAGCAGUUGAAGACCAGCUUGCAAGGCAUCGGGGGCACGUGCCCCUCACACCCUCUAAACUUGGCCAAUCAAAGCUACAUACGCCGAGGUCGUGACAUCUGCUCGGGAAUGGUGAACAAGGCGCAAUUUGUGUGUGCACCUCGUGCAAAUCUCACGUACAUUCUGUGUGGUCAAACGUGAUGGAUAUAUUUUGUGCGUUUCUAAAGUGCAGUAUAGUGGAGGAGAAAUAUGUCAGUAAUGGACAGCUCUAUAAUAUGGUGUUCAGAAACUACGCUGCAUGUACCAUAUGGGGACGUGUCGUAGUGGUGUCUUUAUUGUUUGUUAAUAGUUGAAUUCGCUCAGGAUUUGUUGUUAUAAUCACGUUUAUGUGAUGUUCUGCCUUUGCCCAAUUUUAGUUAUUAUAGUUAUGAAUUAUUGAUAAUAUAAGUUCGAAUAGUAGUGAUUGUAAAGUUGAGUAUCGCAUUGUUCGAGUGAAUGGGAAGGACAUUGUUGUGCAAGCCAGUGUCCAGGCAGUUGCUGAUUUGUUCAUUCAAAUCAGCAUUUCUGCGAAGUGGGAAACUGAAAUGAAUAGUUGUGAAGCUCAGCUGACAUCAUGGGUGAGUGAUUUAUACAAGCUUGGGCUUCUGUAACUGAUAUAUUUCAAGAUUCCACGUUAAUGUCGGGAAAAUAUGUCAAAGGAAUAUGGAGCUGUUCCGAGCUAGUGCCGGCAGUCCAGUUUUGGUCAUGGUCUUCAGGUCUUGUCAGAUGAGAAUCCCAUAUAGUGUAAUAGCAACAAAGUUCAAAAUUUUUUUCUUGGUAUCUGCUUUUGUUACAACCAGUAUGGUCUUUAUUCAAGUUGUCGCUAUGGUCUACUCAAAAAGUGUACAGGGAACACAGGCUAUUAUGUCAUUACGGUAUGGAUAAACAAAUGCAAUAGAAGCGUGUCAAGUGUGCAGAGUGCAGAGCGAGUUUUGGUGUUCGAGAAGUGAACAAGUGAGUGCUACAUAGAAUGUUUAGGUAAUAAAGAUCAUUUUGUACACUGAA